UUGGACUGCAGAUUGAAGCAGAAUCAUAUGAACGACUUACUAGACAACCGUCCUCAUCUCUCCAGAUGAUGUGGGGCUCGCAAGCCCUUCUCGAAGCGGAAAUGAUAAUCCGCUAGCGCCUGCGGGGAAGGAGACUUGACUGGUGGGGAAAUCCUGGGGAUUCCUGGGCUAGUUUAUGAAUAUCAGCAUGUGCAAUGGUAUAGCCUGCUCAGCCUGAAGAGUCCUCGACUACUAUAAGAAGAACAGGGGAUCCUGGCCUAACGCACAUGGCUCCCAAAAUGGUUGCUUCCGGAGCAGAUUCGACACCAUGAUUGAGGAAUUACUCCACCAGAUGACGCCUGGGAAGGCAUCUGUUCUCUUCCUAGGCGUCUUCUUUGUACUCUGUAUAGUACGAAAAGUACAGGUAUCCAUGCAUAUCAAACGGUUGGGGAGUCGUGCCCCUCAAGUACGGUUUCGCCUUCCAUACGCCAUCGACUUUAUUUACAAAUCCCUUGCCGCCAACAGAGCCCACCAGGACCUGGAGUUUUUCAGCAACGCAGUCAAGGAAGCUAAGGGAGCCUCUCAGAUAGACAAUCCCAGAACCGCCGAAGUCAGCGCCGGCAUCUCAUCUCGAUUUAUCUUCACCCGAGACCCCGAAAACAUCAAGGCCAUCCUCGCAGGACAGUUCACGGAUUAUGGAAAGGGCGAGCCCUUCCACAACGACUGGAAAGAGUUCCUAGGAGACAGCAUCUUCGUCACAGAUGGUGAGCUGUGGUCUCGCUCGAGACAUCUGAUUCGACCGAUGUUUGUGCGCGAGCGCAUUGUGGACACCGAGGUCUUUGAAAAGCACGUUCAGCACCUCAUUCCCUUCCUGUCGGGGAGCAAUUCCCUCACCGGUAACAAAAUCGUCGAUGUUGGUCCCCUGUUCUUCCGCUACACGCUGGAUGCAGCUACCGAUUAUCUUCUGGGUCAAGGCACGGACAGUCUCCAGAACCCGACCACUGAAUUCAGCGAAGCAUUCGGCUAUGUGCAGCAUCGCCAGGCCGAUCUAACAAGACUAUCGAUCUUCAAGUUCCUACUAUCACUGAAGGAAUUCCGCCGCAACCUCAAAAUCAUGGAUAACUUUAUCCAACCCUACAUCAACCGAGUCCUCUCCCUCUCCACCGCCGAACUAGACCAAAAACUAUCCAAACAAGACACAUUCCUCGACUCCCUCGCCCGAUUCACCCGAGACCCCAGAGUCCUCCGAGACCAACUAGUAGCAAUCCUCCUCGCAGGCCGAGACACAACCGCUGGAACGCUCUCCUUCUGUCUCUUCGAACUCGCCCGGAACCCCCAAGUCGUGGCCAAACUACGACAGGAGAUUGAGUUGCGACUGGGCGUCGGAGCCAAGGGCCAAAAGCCCAGCUACAUCGAUCUAAAGGAGAUGAAGUACCUCAACGCCGUUCUGAAUGAGACGAUGCGUCUUUACCCGGUGGUUCCGUUCAAUGUCCGUCUCGCGCUCCGUGAUACUACCUUGCCCCGUGGGGGAGGUCCAGAUGGCCUUUCGCCGAUUGGGGUCCGUGCUGAUACUCGCGUGGUGUAUUCGACUAUGCUUAUGCAGCGCAAUCCGGAGAAUUAUGAUGCUCCUGGCUCGCCUAACUAUAUCGAUCCCGAGACGUUUCAUCCCGAGCGCUGGUUGUCUAGUUGGCAACCUAAGCCGUGGCGGUUUAUUCCCUUCAAUGGGGGACCGAGGAUUUGUCUUGGUCAGCAGUUUGCUACUAUCGAGAUGGGGUAUACAGUUGUAAGAAUUCUUCAGGCCUUCCGGGAGAUUAAGGCCUUCCCCGUCAGUGGCAAGAGUGUCGUGGAGGAUCCUGUUCUUCGGUUUGAAGUCACGUUGAGUCCUGGAUCAGAGUUGAAUUGUCUAUUUGUGCCAGAUAAAGAAGCGAGCCCGGCUAAUUGAGCUUAGUUUGGUACUACAUACUGGUAGAACGACUGGUGAAAGGUGGAGGAGCUUUCUCAACAGCCCGGUAUAAUUGUAAUGGGUGUCAACAGGUUAUUAUUCGGGUAUAUAAAUUGCUAAAGAGCAUGCCGUAUAUAGCUU